AUGUCCUAUGACUGCUACAUUGCCAUCUGCAAGCCCCUGCACUAUGGGAUCCUCCUGGGCAGCAGAGCUUGUGCCCAGAUGGCAGCAGCUGCCUGGGGCAGUGGGGUUCUCUAUGCUCUGCUGCACACUGCCAAUAUGUUUUCCCUGCCGCUCUGUGGAGGAAAUACCCUGGACCAGUUCUUCUGUGAAAUUCCCCAGAUCCUCAAGCUCUCCUGCUCAGACUCCUACCUCAGGGAACUUUUGGUACUUGUAGUUUGUGUCUCUUUAGCAUCUGUCUGUUUUCUUUUCAUCAUGCUGUCCUAUAUGCAGAUCUUCAGGGUCGUGCUGAGGAUGUCCUAUGAGCAGGGACAGCACAAAGCCUUUUCCACGUGCCUGCCUCAUCUGGUGAUGGUCUCCCUGUUUCUCAUUACUGGCUUUUUUGCAUACCUGAAGCCCCCCUCCCUCUCCUCCCGAUCCCUGGACUUCGUGUUGUCAUUUCUCUACUCGGUGGUGCCCCCAACAUCGAACCCCCUCAUCUAUAACAUGAGAAACAAGGAGCUCAAGUGUGCUAUUAGGAGAGUGAUUACAUGUUGUUUUCUUAAGAUUGAUACAUUUUUCCUCUUUCUCCACAAAUGA